AUGUCGACCUCCGCUGUGACGUCGCUAUACCGACGGUCUUUGAAGCUGUCGCUUGACUGGGCCGUUCAUCGCCAGAUCUGGCGUGGACAAGCAGUCUACAUUCGAUCCCUGUUCGAAGCCAACAAGGACGUCCGUGAUCCUCGCCAGCAACAGGUUUUGCUGCGUGAGACAGAGAAGUUGUUGGAGACAUGGAAGCAUCCCGAUCCUUACCGGGCACCUACUGCGCCCGGCGGUAACAAGUGGGAGCGCAACCUGCCCGCACGAAUCCUGCCAUAUGCGCAACCCCCUGGUGCUCAUUAA